AUGUCAAAGCAUAUCCUAACUCAAAACGAUUCUAUCUAUUCCAAUGACCCAAAUAAUAAGUUGGUGACUGAAAAUGGUCAAUUUACAGCUAUUCUACAAGAGGAUGGUAAUUUUGUAGUGUAUAGAGGUCAAGAUCAUACACCUCAGAAUGCAGUAUUCGCUACUCACACCCAUCACAAAGGAACUGGUCCAUACAGAUUCAUUCAACAAGAUGAUGGUAAUCUUGUUUUAUAUGACAAGCAUAGAAAGUCACAUUGGUCAAGUCAUACCCAUGACAGUGGUCAAGGACCAUACCAUCUUGACUUUGAAGAUACCGGUCUCUUAAUCUUAAAGGAUGAGAUGGUGAUAUGCAUUCUUGCAGUGUUGCCCAUCUCAAUGGCAAGCAAAAAGUCAGUGUUUGCCAAGGUGAGCAACCUCUGGGCUGGUCACACCUCAAAGAUUGUGUUUAGAGUCGUGUUUGUGAUCUUGGUUGGUUUGUUUGCCGACGCCAUCAUGAACUCUCUCAACACUGACAAGCAGAUCCAUGAGAUGCGCAAGGACAACAAGAUCGUCGACAAUAGUUUGUACGUGCGUCUCUUUAGAUACCAACGUAACAUCUAUCUCACUGGAUUCACCAUGUUCCUCUACUUCCUCAUCUACCGUUCGCAAAGCAUCAUCGUCGAGCUCACCUCGAUGGAGACCAAGAGCACCGUCGCCAUGAAGCAGGCCCAAAACAACACCACCGAGGUCGAACGUCUCGUCAAAUCCAACAAGCAACUCGAAGACGAACUCAAAGGUCUUCGCAAGCAAGAAAAGGACUUUAAGGCUAUGAAACAACAAGCUGAAAACACCACCAAAGAGUACGAAAGACUUCAAAAGGAAUUGGAAAAGGCUCAAGGUACUAAAUCAAAGAAUCAAAAAAAGGAUGAUUAA